UCACUUUCACGCCAUUUCAAGCUUGUUCUACUGCAGCCUCCUCUAGUCCUCUCUCAAUGGAGGACAUGAGUGAGGACCAGAAAGCCAUUGCUUGGCUUUGGGUCGUUGAAGGCCUCGCCACCAUGAAACAAGUUGAUGUUUCUCUCUUAACGGAUUUGUUGGGUGAGAUGGGUUCAGCAUUACCUGAUCAUAUGUCAAAAAAUGCAAGGGAAAGGGUUGCUCUUAGAUGUUUGGAGGAAUUAUUUGGCUCUAGUAAUAAUGGGAUGAAUAGUCAUGUUCCAUCUGCCCACAAUUCUAAAGUCAGCUUUGAUUUAUCCCAAAGUUGCGAGACUGUCCUCAAACGCAUUACCGAUGAGACACCGGAAUUUGAUUUGCGAAACCCUGGACCGGGGCUGUUGAAAUGGGAUAUUCACUCCUUUAUUGUGCACAAAAAGGCUGCUUUGCCUAAAUGUGCUUUGAAACAGUUGGAAGAGUCGAUUCUUGAUGGCUCCCAUCCGCAUGCUGAUGUUUUGAGAGGAAAGAGCGGUUUAACAAUGACAAGUGAUGCUGAUAGAGUUUCUGCGAAUGAAAGUAAUCAAAGUCUAAAUAAGAGCUGCUAUAGUGCUCAAAACAUGGGAGUAGAAGGGAACUCAGAGAAUGAAAAUCUAUUGCUUUCCGAAAGGGGUGGGAUUGGAUCCGAUAAUGAAAAGCGUGAAAGGGUAAAUGAUUCUGAUGAUUGGCAUAUUGAAGCGAAAAAGAUGAAGUGGGAUGCCUCAUAUGUUUCACAGUCCAUAGAAGUAAAGCAGAACCAAAUUUCUUUAGAUGGAAGAGAAUGCUUGCAAGAUACAUCUGAAAGACAUGUUCCAGUUUCUGUGAGUGAAAGGUGUGACGUGGCAGAAAAUCAGAUGGCAAUGGAGCAAAACAGGGUAGAAGAUGGUCACAGUGAUUAUGCUGCGUCAAAGAGAUAUGGACAGAGCAGUGAUGAUGCAAUCCAUAAGGAUCAGAGAGAAAAUCAUUCUAAUCCGACUUCAGUACCUCGGGAUACAUUUCAGGAUAAAGUCCACCAAUAUACUUGUGUUGCUGAAGCCAAAGAUGAUGGUGGACUUCAUUGCAAACUAAGAGUAUCAAAUGUUGCUCCUCUAGGUGAAACCCAGCAUAAGAUUUCUACUAAAGGAUUCAGUUGUAAUAGUGAGCAUGAUGCUCAUAUCAGAGUACCGCUUCUUUCAUCCACAGAUGAAUCUCAAAAACUAAGCAAUGCUGAUGAAGGCAAUGGCCGGGAUCCUGGAAAUAUGGCUGGUGAAAACCUUAAAAGGGUAAAUUGCUCUAAUGAUUUCCAUAUAAGAGCCAAAAGGAGGGAGUGGGAUGCCUAUUAUGUUUUACAGUCUAUAGAACAGAAUCAACUUCCUUUAUAUUCAGAAGAUUCAUCCGAAAGAGAUGUUCCAGUUUCUGAGAGUUUAAGGUGUGACUUGGCUGAAAAUCAGAUGGAAAUGAUGGAGGAAAUCAGGGCCUUAGAGGAUGGUCAUGAUGAUUAUACCGAGUCAAAGAGGAAUGGACAAAGCACUUAUGAUGCAACCCAUCAGAGUCGGUUGGAGAAUUGUUGUAAUGCCGCUUCAAUGCCUCAAGACACAAUUCAGGAUGAAGCCCGUCAACAUACAUGUGUUAAUCAAACCAAAGAUGAUGAUGGGCUUCAGCUUGAACUAAGAGCAUCAGGUGUUGCUGCUCCAGAGGAAUCCCAGCAUACAGUGUCUGCUAAAGUAUUCAGUGAUAACACUGCUAAUGAUUUUCAUAUUAAAGUGCUACACCCUGCAACCACAGAUGGACCGCAAUGGAAGAGCCUUGCUAAUAGACACAAAGACGAUUAUGAGCAUUGUUCGAAACCAAGUUCAUCAGGUGUUGCUUCUCUAAAUGAAACCCAGCAGAAGAAUUCUACUCAACAAUCUGAUUGUGUCAGUGAACGUGAUUCUCAUAUUAAAGUAUCAUACCCUGCAUAUAUAGAUGGAUCCCAGCAGAAGAACAUUGCUGAUAAAUCCAAAGAGCUCAUGGAUUUUCUUUGUGAGUCAGAGACAUCAAAUGAAAGUGAUGGUUUUCAUGAUAAAAAGAUUGAUGCUGCCAUGAAGAAGCAUGCUUUCUUGAGAUCUCAAUGCACGUCUAGUCAUGAUUCCUUAGUGACAACAGUCACAGAGAAAAAUCGUUCCCUGUACUCUAAUGAAGGUGGUCAAUUAUUGACUUGUAAAACAAGUAAUUGCCCUGUGGUGGUUCAUGAGAACUGGCUACGUUCCUCAGCCAUUUCUUUUGAGAAGGGUAACUUUUAUUGCCCCUUCUGUUCAUAUGCUCUUGCCCUUACUGAUUACCUUGAAGCUAGGAAACAAACUUCCCUGUUAAAGACAGGACUAAAUGCAUUUGUUCAUGCUAAUUUGGAAAACCGACCGAUGGAACCUGUUGGAACAGUACAUAGCAAAGUGAAUAAUUGCUCUAGGCAUUUUGAGGAUAAUCUUCUUGGGAAACCUUAUCAGAAUAGGCAUCUGGAAGAGCGUGAAGAAAAUCAGGGAAAUCAAUGUGAAGAACAUGUAAAUGAAGUUGAUGAUGUCCAGUUUCACAAUAUUAUUUAUGAUAAGCAACAAGGACCACCUUCUUCAUCAUGCACUGACAUCAAGUCUAUGCGUGGAAAAGUUCAUGUACCAGCUGGUGAGAAAGAAGGGGAAGAAAAGUUAGUCCAUGAGUGUGUGUCAGCAGGCCUUGAUAGAUUUCAGAACCAAGUACUGGAAGGUGAUCAUUUGUCCAGUAAAAACACACAGAGCCUCCUUGUUGACCAAGGACAAGCUGGUGCAGUAGAAGUCGUGCAGCAGCACAUUACUGAUUACUCCUUAAGAAAAAGGAGCAAAUCUCCUUGCACCUGCACCCAGCUGGCAACAACUCAGUCAAGGAAAAAAAAGGUUCCAUGGACAGUUGAGGAAGAAGAGAUGCUCAAGAAGGGAGUGCAGGAAUUUCAAUGCAAUGAUGAAACAAGAAUGCCAUGGAAGCAAAUAUUUGAAUUUGGUUCUGAUGUGUUUCUGUCAGGCCGUACCCCAACAGACCUUAAGGACAAAUGGAGGAACAUAUGCAAAGGAAGUCCAAAGUCGAAAUGAAGUGGUCAUUUGCUUGUAGAUUAGUUUAUUAAUAGCUCUCCGUAUUAUUAGAUUUGACUCCCAUGGCAAAAUUGUCCUCACAGUUUUGAAGCAGGCAGCAAUGGGGCUGUAAACUAUGGAAGAGAAUCAUAAUUUUGAGAUUGAGAUUCUUGGCUUCAGCAAUAUAGUUACCAAGUGCAGAAAGAACUAGAGUUUUGAGUUUACUCAGUUGGAUAGAGUAUGUGGAUAAUCUGGAAGUUGGAGUGCAGCUGGUCAUUCUCAACCAUUGAUGUUAUUUCUACCGGACUCGUAUGUUAUUUUGGGCGUGUUGACUCUUGCAAAUCAUUCUCAACAUGCCAUUGUGUUAUCACCUGCACCUGCACCUGCACAAUCUGUAACCACAGUAUGUACAUAUAUGCAAAAACUUUGUACAUAAAUCAUUAUGAAAAACAGGAGUAAUUUAUCUUGUUCUUC